AUGGCUCCCCAACCUGAUCCCCGACCUCUUCCCGACGGAUGGGUCUCCCAGUUCGACAGCAACUACAACCAGUACUUCUACGGCUCCCGGGGGCCCCAAGUCGCAGUGGACGCAGUGAGUACGGUUCGUGUGUACGCCACUGAACCGGCCGAUAAGAUCCAGACUAACGUCAGCCCCGCCGACGAUCCUCCUCAGUCCGACAGCAACCAGUACGCUGCGCCGUCUGGCCCUCCUCCCUCGAAUAACGAGAAGUCCUCGUACAACAACAACAGCGAGAAGUACUCUACGCCUCCUCCUCAGAACAACACGCCAGUGCAGCAGGGCAACCAGGGCCAGUCGUCCCACCGAGGUGGUCUCUUCUCUAAGCUCUCCUCGAAGCUUAACAACCACCACAGCGGGCAGCAGGGCUAUGGACAGCAGGGAUACGGCCACCAGGGCUACGGUGGCGCGCCACCUCCUCCUGUUUACGCCCAGCAGGGUUACGGCGGCGGAUACGGCCAACAGCCGAUGAUGUACCAGCAGCAGCCUAUGAUGAUGGGCCGCCCUCAGCGCAUGGGAGGCGGCAUGGGACCCGGUGGCGCUGCCAUGCUCGGUGCCGGUGGUGGUCUUCUUGGAGGAAUGAUGCUCGGAAACAUGAUCGCCGAUGGACAGCACGAUGCUUAUAUGGACGGCUAUAUGGACGGGCAGGAUAACGAUUUUGGAGGAGGAGACUUCGGAGGAGGCGAUUUCGGAGGAGAUUUUUAA